UAUACAGGCAGCUGUGGUGAUGGUGAUGUUACUGCUGAAGUGUUUGCUGCUGUUCUACUUGUCAUUCAAUGAAUUGACCACAGCAGCAGAAGCCAUUCUCUGGGUGAAGACUGGGGAGAAGUUUACUAGGAAGUGCUCCACCACUCUAAAAGACCAGAACGGAAUGUUCCUGUAUGUUGGGCUGGACAGGGAGGUGUUGUAUUACUACCAGCGUAACUCCAAGCUGACCCCCAGGGAAGGCUACAGGGACAGAGUGAAGACUGAGGGACCUGUGGACCAACUGACCAUCACCAUCAGUAACCUGACCAUAGAGGACACAGGAUUCUACCGGUGUAUUUACACAAAAUAUAAUGAAACCACGUAUGAAAAUGAUAUCAACCAAGGAAGAGGCUCCACUCUGGUCGUGGUGAAUGCCAAUGAGAAGCCGUGCCCAUCUGGCGUGGUGAACGUCAUCAUCAUUAGCAUCUUGACCAUCCUGCUGUGUGUCAUCUUCCUCAUCUGGGUCGCUCCACGGGUGAAGAGGUGCUGUAACUUUGGAUGAUCCACACCCCAGGUCUUUCCUGACUCGGUCUAUGAAGACAUGGCCAGGAAUCACACUUCUCCACCAGACACACAGCAGGAAGAAUCAUACCCCUAUUCUGUGUCUUCCAAAGGAGGAAGUAGGACCACUGAGUCGUUUCUUCAAAUGCAUUUUCUGAAUAUUGCUUCUUUACUUUCUCAGAAUUGAAAAGCCUGUUCUGCUGUAUUUCACAGUUCUAUCCUCACUGCAAGUGUUAGUGGUAAAUUGUUUGUGUGUGUGUGUGCACGUAUGUGUCGCACCAUACCAUGCUUAUGUGUGUGAAUAAAAUCUCUAUACGGAAAGUAUUCGUAUUUCAACAGAAGACCAGCGGGAAGAAGGGAACAGCCAAUGUUAUAUUCCAGGUCUAUUCAACUAUAUUCUUACGUGUUCCAGAUGUAAAAAAGGUUCAAUUCAGGGGGCCGGCCAUUUUUCACAUGCGAUGCACACAUACAUAUCUUUUAUAAAUGUUCAGAAUUGAUCAAAGGGCCUGUCUAAAUUAAUAAACUGGGGGCCUCCCGGGU